AAAACCCCCACGGUUUGGGCUCAACAUCGCAUUCAGAUAUAGUCAAACAAAGGAAAGAUGACCAGUCUCUCGGCUAAGGACAAGGACACAGUCAGAGCCUUCUGGGCCAAAGUGUCUGGAAAGGCGGAGGACAUCGGCGUUGAUGCUGUCUCCAGGAUGCUGGUGGUGUACCCGCAGACCAAGACUUACUUCUCCCACUGGAAGGACCUGAGCCCCACCUCUCCCCAGGCAAGGAAGCACGGAAGAGUUGUGAUGGCUGGAGUUGCAGAUGCCGUGACCAAAAUCGAUGAUCUGAAAGGAGGUCUUCUGGGCCUCAGUGAGCUGCAUGCCUUCACUCUGCGUGUGGACCCUGCUAACUUCAAGAUUCUGUCCCACAACAUCCUCGUGGUCCUGGCCAUCAUGUUCCCCAGCGACUUCACCCCUGAGGUCCAUGUGGCUAUGGAUAAGUUCCUGGCUGCCUUGGCUCUGGCCCUGUCUGAGAAAUACCGAUAAACAGCAGGAGAAGAUGACGGAGACUGUAGCAUGAGCUUUCUUUGCAUAAUGAUUAAUAAAUGCAUGGAUGCAAAAAGCCAAAAAAACAA